GUAAAUGCUACCACAAUUGAUGGAGUGACACCUUUAUUUAAUGCAUGUUCAAGAGGCAGUGCAGCGUGUGCUGAGCUCCUGUUAGAGUAUGGUGCCAAAGCUCAGUGGGAGUCCUGUCUGCCAUCACCAACUCAUGAAGCAGCCAGCAGAGGUCACAGCGAAUGUCUGGAGGUGCUGAUAUCCUGGGGUAUAGAUGUUGACCAAGAUCUUCCUCAUUUAGGAACACCUCUGUAUGUAGCAUGUGUUUCACAGCAGAUCCAUUGUAUUCGAAAGCUUCUUUAUGCAGGUGCCAAUGUGCAGAAGGGAAAGCACUUGGAAACUCCACUCCAUGCUGCUGCCCAGCAUUCUAGUACAGAGAUCGUAAACUUACUCCUUGAAUUUGGAGCAGACAUAAAUGCCAAAAAUACAGAUUUUGAGAGGCCUGUUGACUUAGCUGCUCCAAGCAGUUUAGUGGAGAGAGUGCUGCUCCUCCAUGAAGCCACACCAUCUUCUCUUUGUCAGCUCUGCCGACUAUGUAUCCGAAAUUACAUAGGAAGAGCUAGACUGCAUCUUGUCCCACAACUCCAGUUGCCAACAAUACUGAAGAAUUUCUUACAGUAUAGAUAACAUAGUAAUGAACCUUUAGAAACUUGAAUAACAAGUACUUUUUCUUCUUUCUGUUUAUUGUAUGUUUCAUCUAAAGAACUGCUGGGCGGAAAAAAAGCCUUUUGCAUAUUACUUAAAAAAAAAAAAAUCUUUGACACCUGGUGUUGGUAUAUAGCAAUAAUAAUAAUAAUUGGGAGCCAUUCAGCAACUGGUACCAAGGUGCUAAUUAGGCUGAAUUGAAUAAGUGUGCUGAUACUCUGGGAAAUGAUUGUCUAGCUUUAGCUUAACACUUACUAAGUAGCUUUAGUGCUGUUAAUUUUAAUUGUAUUUAUACUUUUAAAAUUUGUUUGACACACCUGAACCACAAAGAAUUUCUUCAUUAUUAUUUGUUAAGCUUGUCCAUUUGGAGUCAUUAUUUUCUGUAUUUUUAAAUUUCUAUUGUUUGUGUACCUAAAAAUACUUGGUGAUAGGUGCACUAUACACAUUGAUUAAAAAUAAAACAAAUAAAUGUCAAUUUUUCUUCUUUUUCUUUACACAGACAAUUCAUUAAUGGCAGUGUGAAACUUCCUUUAUUCUUCCUUACUGCUUGUGCUGUGAAUUAGAAUUAUGCUGCUGUGAAC